GUCGUACUUUCACAUCGUAUACCGGACGGAUUAUUUUGGGUUGCUACUAAUGAGGCAAAAAAAGAAGUACACGCUCUCUUCAACUAUACAGAUCCUGGAUUUUCGUAUUCUGGCCACCCACUGGCAACCACUGUGGAGCAAUGGACGAGCAUGCACCACGUCGACAAGAGCGCUGUCGAACGAAGCAAGUCCGCCUAUGCUUCCAUAGCGAUCACCAGGCGGCUCACACUGUUGGGAUUGCGGGAGCGAGAGCUUCGUUUCGGUAUCGAUCCAAGUCACGUGUCGUCAUCAAUUGGUAAUUGUCCUACAUCGAGGCUAGAAGUAUGUCCGCCUACAUACUACAGGUCAUACUCCGGUGUUUGUAACAAUGUUGCUCAACCAGAGUGGGGCACUUCUCACACAGCUCUGUCACGAAUGCUCAAACCAGCUUAUGAAGACGGAGUUUCUCUACCACGUGAAGCAGUCAGUGGUAGACCUUUACCACCUGUGCGCAGUCUUUCGCUCACUUUAUUCACUCCGUUAGCAAAUGCCCAUCCUACUGUAACUACUCUGUUUGCGCACUGGAUGCAAUUCAUCUCUUCUGACAUGGUCAACUUGGCUGAGACUCAAGCGAUAAUUGAUGGCGUUGUGCGUCCACUUCCUUGUUGUCGCCAUGGUUUCUCUCACCCAGAGUGCGACGCUAUAGAAGUUCCCAAGGCAGAUCCGGCUUAUAGGAAUCGGGUAACAUGCAUCCCACACGCCCGAACGUUGGUGGCACCAAGAUUGGCCUGCGCUCUUGGUCCUCGUGAACAGGCCAACAUGGUCUCAUCCUAUCUCGACGGUAGUGUCAUAUAUGGCUCGAGUCCGGAGCGAGCUAAGCAAAUGCGCAGUUUUUUACAAGGUCAGCUUCGAACAUAUGGAGGCCUUGGCGAGUUACCUCAAAUUGAUGUGAAGGGGAAAUGUCAGAAAGAGGGACGCUGUUCUCUUUCUGGUUCUGAUGACGUGAAUAUUCUUCCUGGUGUAACCGCUCUUCAUACUGUUUUUAUUAAACAGCACAAUCGAAUAGCACGUCUCUUAAAGGAGCAGAAUCGUCACUGGUUGGAUGCCCGACUUUUCGAGGAAGCUCGCCGAAUAGUGACCGCCCAGCUGCAGCACAUCACCUAUAACGAGUUUAUUCCAAUUAUGGUCGGAAAGGAAAACAUUAAAAAAUACGGACUCUCGUUGCAUGAAUCUGGUUUCGAUUCCGAUUACGACAUGUCUGUUGAAGGCUCCGUGCUGAACGAAUUCGCCGUCACCUUCCCUUAUAUUCUCUGGUCCCUUUUACCUCAAGAUAAAAUGUUCUCCUCAUUUAACAAUCCUGGAAAAUUGUAUGAACAUCGCGGUAUCGAGAAUAUACUUAGAACUUUAAUGUCGACGAAUAUCACGAAACCAUCGCUGAGGAUGAAUGACGAGAUAAAAAGUGAAUUCUUCAAAGAUAAUCUGGAUAUUGGUCUGGAUCUGGUCUCUAUCGCUUUAAAACAAGGACGGGAUCACGGCAUACAUUCCUACACCGCCGUGCGUGCUCACUGCGGCUUAGGCAAGGUACGAUCGUUCCGCGAGCUGAAAGAAUACUUUAUAAGGGACUCGAAAGUCGACUAUAUCAGUGUAAUCUAUGAAAAUGUGGACGAUAUUGAUCUGCUAGUUGGUGUGUUGGCUGAGAAACCGUUGAAAGGGUCAUUAUUCGGGCCCACCAUGGCAUGUAUAGCCGGCAAACAAUUUCAGAGGACUCGACGAGGUGAUCGUUUUUGGUACGAGAACUACUUCGCUAAAUCUGGAUUCACCGAUAAACAACUCAUGGAGUUGCGAAAGACCAGUCUAGCUGAGAUCAUUUGCUCGAACACAGAACUGAAAAAGAUCCAGAGCAACGUUUUCAUGCGCGAAAACAUAUUCGAAAACAUGCAGAUCGAUUGUUCUUCAUCAGUCCUUGCUUCACCAUCAAUAUCUGAGUGGAAAGAUUUGGAAGACAGGCCAACGUUUCCCGUCUCACAGAAUACGUUGGAAAAGGUUGUAAAUUUGGCUAUUCAUAAUCUGAAGGACCAACAGAAACGUGAGAUAUCAAAUUUGCAGCACAAUCAGCGUGUGUUCACUAAGGGUGACCCGCUGUUUGCCUACUCCAAUAUGAUGCGUGCGAAGGUGAAAGCGAAGCAGAUCUCCCAGGUGUCGGCGAUUUUGCUCGAGACUACAAAACUACUCCUUAAAGGUGAGGUACUCUCGGAGGAAGAACGUCUUCCACCGCUAGAAAAUGAUGUGCUGCAGCGUCUACUGCCAGAUAUCGAUGUUUCAACGUUUGUAAACAAUUUCACGGCCUUUCUCUCCGAUGACGGUCUAUCGACUACUGACGAAUGUCUGCCUAAAAUACUACCAUGUGAUCACACGACGAAAUAUCGUACUCAUUCGGGAUGGUGCAAUAAUUUGAAGUUUCCCGGCUAUGCUAACUCCUUCUCGCCAUUACGACAUCUACUGCCGCCGGUUUACGACGAUGGUUUUGAUGCACCGCGAAGUCGCGCCAAAAGCGGAAAGCCGCUCCCAAAUCCACGACUGAUUUCGAACAUUGUCUGUGAAGAUCGUGACAUCUCACAUGUGAAAUUUACCCAUAUGGUUAUGCAGUUCGGUCAGAUGUUGGACCACGAGAUCACACAUUCGCCCAUCGCUCGCGGACCCAAUGACGAGAUCCUCAACUGCACAAGAUGUGACUCUGCGGAGACGAUCUCGGUGCACUGUAUGCCCAUUCGAGUGGAACCAGGCGAUCCGUUCUUUCCCACACACUAUCCCAAUGGAGAGCCCCGUUGUCUUCCGUUCGCUAGAUCGUUGCUCGGUCAGCUAAACCUCGGAUAUAGGAAUCAAAUCAACCAGCUCACCGCAUACAUAGACGGAUCCAUCAUUUAUGGUUCUACAGAAUGCGAAUCAAAGCAUUUACGAUUGACUAGCCGAGGACUACUCAACUUUACGGACUUCGGCCACGGUCAAAUAAUGUUACCACAAGGCGAUCAAGAAAAGGAUUGUCGUUCAUCGCCACGGAAUCCUUGCUUUGUCGCUGGAGACGAAAGAAAUUCACAUCAACCAGGCCUUACGGUGAUGCACACCUUCAUGAUGCGUGAGCACAAUCGCAUUGCCAUGCAGCUGUCAACGAUGAACCCCCACUGGACAGAUGAGACUGUCUACCAGGAAACUCGUCGUAUUGUUGUGGCACAACUGCAGCAUAUCGUGUUUUCCGAGUUCCUGCCGAAAAUCAUUGGGCUUGAUCUUCUAGAUGCUCAAGGAUUAGUCCCGAUGAAAACUGGAUAUUUCACCGGUUACGAUGAUUCGUGCGAUGCAUCGAUAUCGCAGCCGUUUUCGACCGCGGCGUUUCGCUUUGGCCACACACUUAUUCGACGAAUGUUCCCCAGGAUGAACUACAACUACAAAAACAUGAGCGACCCAGUUGACCUAGCAAAUCACUUCGGACACGUUGGCCCGUUGUACGAUAAGGAAGCAGGUGGCAUGGACUCAAUGCUAAUGGGUCUACUAGGCACACCUUCGAUGGCUUUCGAUCGUCACAUCACGAAUGCAGUAAGAAACCAUCUGUUUAUGCGACGUGGUGAACCCAAAAGUGGAAUGGAUCUUAUUGUUCUCAAUAUUCUGCGAGCUCGCGACCAUGGCGUACAGCCGUACAACGACCUACGAGAGUUCUGCGGCCUAAGGAGAGCAAGGAAAUUCGAAGAUCUUAAGCAAGAGAUGGACCAGGACGCAAUAUCGGCACUCUCAUCUUUGUACGAAUCCGUCGACGAUAUUGACCUAUUCCCAGGGCUCGUUAGUGAACGACCUCAGAAAGGCGCACUGCUAGGACCAACAAUGUCAUGUAUAAUUGCCGAGCAAUUUGGGCGAUUGAAGAGAUGUGACCGAUUCUUCUAUGAAAACGAUGGCGUUGCAAGGUUUAGCCCUGCUCAACUAACCGAAAUUCGAAAAGUCCGCCUGUCAUCGAUUUUCUGCGCAAAUAGUCGAUAUCUGCGAUCGAUACAGCCAAAUGUUUUCGACAUCCCGGACGAUUUGAUGAACGCGCAGGUUCCAUGUGAAGACAUUCCGCAAAUAGAUCUCAUCCAUUGGAAAGAUCGAAAACAUUGUGAAAUGAAUGGACGGACGAUAACGAUGGGUGACUCGAUGCACAUCACACCCUGUGUCACGUGCACGUGCACCUUCGAAGGGGUAAACUGCCAACCGACUAAGGUAGACAGCUGCCAAAAACUUUCCCAUAAGUACCUGCUCAGCGAUAUUUCAAAGGACACGUCAUGUAUGAUUCAAUGCUCGGACCUCAUGAAACAACGUUAA